CAGAGCAGAUGCUGAUGUCGACGUCCGUCUAAGACGCUGCAGAUGAAGUUAUUGUAUCGCUUGCGCACUGAAACAACAUACAUCAUACAGACGAUUAUUACAACUGUGGAAGGAACUGCGUAAACUCUCUCCAUAUCACGCGUGCAAGGUUGCUUCCAACCUGCCUUCAUAAUUCCAGUAAAUGCGAAUCAAUUAGUUCAGCAGCGGCUUGACUGUAUGAAACAGCCCCGCGCUCACGAUCACAGGCAGAGGCGCCUUGCUAUUCCAGCGGAAUCAAUAUGGCCGCCGUGUCGUCUGCAAGCUUCUGCUACCGGUUUAAAGGGAAAGGAAUCGCCUCAACGAUGGUCUGACUAACUGAGAACGUUUGGAUACCUUUGAAUUGCGUGUGGUGACUGCGCAGACUCGAAAAAUGGCUCAGAGGCAGACGACUUCCGGUACGGCGACAAUUUCGGCCACAGAUGAUCUAGCCACCAAGUCAUUUCCUUCGAUAAUAGAGAUCAAACGUCAGAUUCCAAACCACUGUUUUGAAGCAUCAAUUCCCACGUCUUUGUAUUAUGCCGCGAAAGACCUCGUACUUGUUCUUGCUCUCUAUCUGGCCGCUAUGGCCAUGUGGUAUUUCGCCCCGACGUCUCUGUGUCUGGCCUUAACGCCAGUGUAUUGGCUUCUCCAGGGCACUUUGUUUAUGGCAAUCUUCGUUGUGGGCCACGACUGUGGGCACGGCUCCUUCUCCAACAACGACCUCCUCAACGAUACAGUCGGCGUGUUCCUCCACAGCUUCGUCAUGACGCCCUACUACAGUUGGAAGAUUUCCCACCGUGUCCAUCACAAAAACACAGGCAAUAUCGACAAGGAUGAAAUUUUCUUCCCUCUUCGGGAAAAGUCUGACAAUGGCCGUGCCUUCCUUCCAGGAUUCGGUCUUGGACUCGGGUGGUUUAUGUACCUUGUGUUAGGAUUCAAACACCGCACAACAAAACACUUCAACCCCCGCGAUCCCAUCUUCACGCGUCACGUGUUGGGUGUGGUUAUCUCCCUUGCCUAUCUCUUCAUGUGGAGUGUCGGGGUCUAUUCCUACGCUCAGGUCAUGGGUUUCGGUCAUGUGUUAUACUAUUAUGGAGUCCCCGUAUUUGUGUUCGCGUCCUUCCUCGUCAUCGUCACGUUCCUGCACCACACGGAGGAGCAAGUGCCGUGGUAUGUUGACGGCGUCUGGGACAACGUGAGGGGUCAGGUCAGCUCCAUUGACCGUGACUACGGAUGGUGCCACAACAUCAUCCACAACAUCGGAACCCACCAAAUUCACCAUUUGUUCCCCAAGAUUCCACACUACCACCUAGAGGAAGCCACGCGCUUCUACCGAAAGGCGUUUCCAGGUCUGGUUCACAUACGUAACGACCCCAUUCUAGCUUCGUUCAUGAGGAUGUUUGUCAAGUAUUGCAAACAACACAUCGUUGAUGACCAUGCCAAAGUUCAUGUUUACAACUAGUCCCUAGCAAUUGUUAUUCGAAUUUUUUUAAAUAUUGUUAUUUUGUAGAGGUUUUCUUUGACACCUCAAUCGUUUGUUUCCUGAUAAUUUACAGUUCUUCGUAUUUGUUUAUUCAAAGCUGAAGACAACAUUUAUUAGUCAUUAAGAUAAUGUCAUAUUUCAGUGUGAAAUUUUAAUACCGGCUGUCUUGUUAAGCCUAGGGGUGGUUGAAGAGUCGACUGGUCAGAGGACAUAUCGUCACCCCCAGGAGCCAGUUUGUAUACAAUUGGUGAAGCCAGUUUUGGAGUCCCCCAACAUGAAAUGGCUGGGAUAGUAUUAUUUGUGUAAAACCUACUCUACUAUUCUUGAUGAUUAAAUUUAUAAGGCAAAACAUUGCUCAAGCAGACCGAUAUUUAAUUUUUUUAAAUAGUUGGACGUGUCGAAAUGUGUUCAAAGAAAUCCGACACGUCCAACGAUAGCCAUAAUAUUGAAAUCCACACCUUCUAGUCAUUCCAACGUAUUUAGUAAUAGUAUUUUUUUCCAUCAGAUAUUAAUAUAUUGUGUCCUUUUUGCUCUGUUGUUUGUGUCGUGUUUUGACACCUAUGUUAUUUAUCAUAUACCUAUGUAUGUUCCGGAAGUGAUUUUGCAAUAAUGUAUUUUGUUCUGAGUACAUGUUACAGAGAGUCCAUAUCAACUGUACACACGGGCCUGUUUUAAGGAGGGUUCUCUCCACUUAUAACAUAGGUUUUUCCUACUUGCUUUACGAAUCAGCCCACGCAAAAUUUGCCAAAUGGGGAAAAGCUUUUGUUGGGAGAAGCGUGUCUUCUUUCCUCGUUCACUCUGUUACCUAAUUUCAUUUUUAUUUAUAAUAUUACAAAAAACCUUCAAAGUAGGUCAAUAUAGAAAGGGAAGGAAAUCUUUCCUUUAAAUUGUUUUGCUAUCAAUUAUUUUAAUCGGAUAAACAUCUUUUUAUUAGGUGACUGAGAGAACAAAGUUGAAUGUUAUUUUUAUCAUUACUACAGAUUCCUUUUUGGCAAAAAAACAACAACCCAACCCCGCAAACCAAAUUAUUAACAAACAAGAGGCCAUAUCGAUCUCAUACCCAGUGUGUAAAUAGGACCCAUACCAGUGCUCCAGAUAAUGUUUACUCUGACGUAAUCCUUCUCAUUGGGGUAUUUAUAUUUUUCUUUGGGUAUUCAGUAUAUUAUUACUCCCUAGGGUAAUCAACGAUUCUGCUAAAAAUGUUUUCUUCAGGGGACUACCAGUUUGCAUCCGUUUGUGUGCGGCCCUAAGUGUGUCACGUGUCACAUAAGCUCACAACACUAUAUAUUGACUAAACGGAGGGCGCUUGUAUUCAUUAAACACUGUGGUAGUGUUAAUUUAAUCAGGGAGUAUAUAAACUUUGUAUAGUCGCCCUGAUAUUAUUGAUUUUUGGCACAGUCUACCUGAUACUGUCGUGAUAAUGCAGGAAUAUUGCAAAAAAACAGUCUUUUUCAACUAUCCGGGUUCGAAAUUGUUUUUGUGUAUUUGUACGCAAGCAGCUAAAAAUAUCGUUAAAAGUUUCAUAUAUUUGCGUAUUGUACGUAGAUACGCAGCUUAUCUGGAGCUCUGGUGAUAGUCUAUGUAAAUAUGCUCCGCUCAUCUUGCUUACUGAUAACUCACGAGGCUGGAGACCAGUAAAGUGAUGUUUGAACAACCCGAUUCAAAAGUGCUGGGGUGCAUUGUAGCUGAGGGAAAGCCAUCUUUAACACUGUGGCAAGAUAAAAUGUCAGAUGUUCUUGACGCAUUUUUGUAUUAAAUCCUUGUCCAGGAAUAGUUUAAAGAAAUUAAUAAAACCCAACAAAUUUUUAUAGUUAAUCUCAACACCCCUGGUAUAGAUGUGGUUAUACUGAAUUCGAAAGAUUAUGAUUUUUAAUAUAGGUAACAAUAUCCAUUGUCAUGGAUUUUGAAUUUCCAAUAAGAAAGAUACUUAUGUUAAAACGUGUAACCAUCUUGGCAUAGGAAAAGUAAAAGAAACGUGUCAACCCUACUACUUCAACGAUCGCAAAUGUGUGGUCUUAUUGUUGAUAGAUAAUCCAACAACGAACUGCGUUUUUUGUCUUCGAAAUAAUUUACAGCAAGCGUUUUCCACGGAUAACAGCCAAAGAUACAUAUAGGCAAUUUUAGCCCAAAUUUACGGUGUAUGUAUAAUGCUCUAUAUACAAGUUUUACCCCAAAAAACAACAUGCUAACAGUUGUCUCAGUGUCGUAUUGAGUUAAAGCAAACGUAACAUCGACAAUAAAAGUAGAUAGUUUUAGGAACACUCAUUCUUGUUUUGCUCCCAAACUAAUUCUUGGGUCCAUGAUAUUAUUGUGAGUGUAUGUAUUCAGCCUCAGAAAUUCGUUUUUAUAACACCACUCCAAUGGACUUUAUUUGACUAGUCCUCAGAGUUUGUAGCUAUAGUCCUGCUAUUGUCCGAUGUUUAUAAUUGUUUCAUUCAGGUUGUUUUUUUCAAAAUUGAAACAUUGAGAACUGAUUGAGAAUGACAGCCCUCACAUGCUACUGCUUGAUGACUACCAUCAUUGGAUAUUUACUUGUCCUUAGCAUAAUUUAUUAGUUUCGGGCUAGCGGACUAGCGUGAAAUUCGAAGGCUGUACAACUAUACGAGCAGUGGAGUCCGGUCGAUCGUGACGACAUCCGGGCGAUAUUCACCUGGCCGCUCGUACACGUGGAUCGAUAGUUGCCUCUGUACCAGUAAGAUGCUGGUGACUGCCUGUCGGCUAUGUGAUGCGAGGCCGGAGUGUGUGUUGAGUAAGUUGUAGGCUGAAAGUCAUAAUGGGAUAUCAUCAAUCGACCGCGUUCUGUAAAAGUAGGUCAGUGCUUGCUAGUGCUGAUGUGAAGUAAACUGGUUGCUUAUAUCAUUGACGUGUGCGCUUAAAAAUCCGGCCAGGCAUCUAACGGUUUCGCAUGUGCAGAAAGCUGUAUGUAUAAACAAAAUGUAUCGGGCUUAGUUUUGGAGACUAUGCCCAGUUCGCCUAUUGAAAUAUCCUACCUCUAAUAAAUCCUGCCAUAUUCCAAAAACUACAAAGAAUCGAACCGAACUGAAAAACCAAACACAAACCAGAACACGUGGCAACUCAUCACAUCGUAAUUUGCGUUGUUUUAUUGAGAUUUUACAGUAAUACUCCUGCAUACUAUCGCCAUCGCAUAAAUAGGUAUGUUUACUAUGUCGCCGAACAAUAUUUACGAUCUUUAUUUAUUAUAUACUUCAGUGUGAAAGGCUGAGUUCAAGAUGUCUCUCCCCGCAAAUUGUCUCCCUUUAUCGUAAAUGCCUAGCCCGUACACAACCUUUUGACUUCUAUUUUUACGUUAGUUCCACAUUGACAAGACAAAUUUAUGACAGAUGGUCUUUUAUUGAGUUGAUGUCGCUUCUUGUCGUGUGUUAUUCUCUUGAAAAUGUUUCGUUAUAAACUGUAAAUUUCACAUUUAACUCGUCAGUCGAGACUUCGUUUCGCAAAGCAACAUUUUUAUUACUCGACCUCUCGCUUCCACAGCUGUCUCGUAAAUUUCAAGAAUAAUUUUUGUUUAAAAACAUAACUCAAUGUAUAGUAAAGAAUGUCCGUGGCCCUAGAUAUUCUUUGGUAAUUUUGACUUAAACAUGAUAUUUCACUCGACACAUGCAAUAUCCUCUAUUUCUUACUUCAUGGGCACCACAGGGGGCACGGGUGGCCCAGUCGUCUAAGGCGCCGCGAUUCGCUGUGCAGAGUUGCGUCCCUUGGGCACGCCAGAAACCUAUGAUUGUGGGUUCGAAUCCCGGUUCGCCCCGAUUAUGUUUCUAGGUUUGUCAGCACCAUACCCGUGCUCGUGGGUUUCACCGAAGUGGUAAACGUCUGAGACCUGCAUCACUUCGGGCUUUCCUCCCACAUUAAGCUGACACGCCGCGAUAUAACUGGAAUAUUGUUAAAAGCGGCGUUAAACCCAACUCACUCACUCAUUGGCAGCACAGGCAUGGCAGAAACCUAUGGUCGUGGGUUCGAAUUCCAUUUUCUAGGUUUGCCAGCACCAUAUUCGUGCUGUUGGGUUUCACCAAAGUGGUAAACGUCUUGCAUCACUUGAACAUACUGUUCAAUGUGGGGUUAAACCAAAAUUCAUUCACAGAAACUCCGAGAUUGGUGACUUCCCUAUUAAUGGCUGCUGUGUUGUGAAUGAAUGUCUAUGUAGAGACUAAUGGUCACUCUGUAUAGCGAUUGCGGGAGACGCGUACACCCCAAGCGACAUACAUGUAAGCCGGAUCCAGUUCUAAUAAAAUGUAAAGACGGAGCCCAGUUUGUGAAUGUGUCUCUAUAAUGUAUAAAAUAGUUCUGAUGAAGUAUUCAUUUUCUGUUAUGGUUUAAAACAAUUGAGAACAUCAAAUUCCAAAGUUAUUCUUCCUCUUUAUGAAUGAACACGAUUUGAUAAUAACAUAAACGUGUUAAUAUAAAGGCCACACUUUUUAGUCGUUGGUUUAUGGAUCUGCCGAAUUGGUCAAAUAAAAAAAAUAAUAGACGCCUAACUGAGAAUAAGAUAAACUUUCUUAUAAUUUUUAAUGAAUUCCAUGUACCAGUCAGACAAAAUACUUACGCCCUAGCAGUAAUACUGUUUUCAUUUGUGUUUUUCCUAUAUUGUUUCAAGUCGCUAGUUCAGUUAAGCAAUGGUUGCUGUACACCAGACAAUUUCGACGAAUGAACACUUGCACAAUAUUCAGAGAAGGUAACUCGUAUUGUGCACAGCAAUACGUUCUUCCAUUUUAAGACAAUCGUUCAUGUUUCUAUAGCAUUUUGCAUUUGGGUAUUCCUUGUCUGGCUGUUAAUCCUAGAUUUCUGUUUGUAUUCAGCUCAGGUGAUCUACGUUUCGUUAAGAUGUUGACGAUUCGAGUGUAUUCAUUUUCACAAUCCAAACUAGUCUGUCUCUAUGACAACGAACUCGGGAGACGGCGUGUGAAGGCUAGGUAUUUGUGUAGUGCUCCGUUGGCUUCAUUUAAAUUACUAUGCAACGCCGUCACCAUAGUAACCACGCGAUCCUCACAACAACACAGGAAGUGCCAGGCUAACAACGGGAAUGUUAUCGUGGUAAGGCUGCUUUGAUAUACUGAAAGGAAUUAAACUGUAUAUGGUGUUUUUGUUGUAAAAUUGGUUAAAUUGUAAGCAAGGGGAGAUAAUCCAUCUUGUUGAUCGCCCGUUGCUUCCUGUGUACUUUUCACCCUUUUUGUUUAUCAUUGAUUUAACAUUUUAAGAAUUAAACUUGCAAUUUUUGCACACAA